AUGCUCGCCACGAUCCGUCAAAAGUACUGGAUUAUUGGUGGACGCAAUCUAGUGCGCCGCACAUUCCAUGAGUGCCACAAAUGUUUCCGAUGCAGACCAAAGAUGAUCCAGCAAAGCAUCACAGAUUUGCCUUCGUCCCGUGUUGCGCCCCGAAGACCGUUUGUCGUUUCUGGUGUAGACUAUUGCGGACCAGUUUACAUCAAGUCUCUCGUCCAAAACCGAGGCCCAACGAAAGCAUACGUUUGCAUCUUCGUUUGCUUUACCACACGUGCCGUUCACAUCGAGUUGGUGUCUGAUCUCUCCACGCCGGCCUUCAUCGCUGCUCUUCGCCGAUUUUCUGCCCGCCGAAACUUUCCCCACGAGAUCCACAGCGACAAUGGCACUGCGUUCCGAGGUGCAAACAACGAGUUGCACAGAAUUUAG